AGCAGUUUCCUUUCUGUACUCAGUCUGCGAGAACUGAUUAAGACUCUCUCUAAUCAGUCCUGAAGCUGUGCUCCAAAAGAGGAAGCUCAAUUCCCACUUACAGGGUUAUAAAGACAGUAUCAGAGUCAGCUUUUGAAAUUUCAUUAAUACCAUGCAGUCCAAUAACAAUACUACUUGUGAUGCGGAAACACAAAACGUGGUGACCUCCAUUCUCCCUCCUUUACUUAUCACUGAGCUCCUGCUUGGCCUGCCAGGAAACGUGAUAGCACUGUACAUCUUCUGUCGCCACCUUCCAUCUUGGAGACCCAAUAUUGUGUUUCUCUUCAACCUGAUCCUGGCUGAUUUUCUCCUCUUGGUGAGCAUGCCAUUUCGGAUUGAUACCUAUCUACGCUCUGAAAACUGGGUGUUCGGUGAUGCUUGGUGUCGACUCAACCUCUUCAUGCUUGCAGUCAAUCGAUCAGCAAGCAUCAGCUUCAUGACUGCUGUGGCUGUGCAUCGAUAUUUUAAAGUAGUCCACCCACAUAAUAAAAUCAACUAUAUUAACUUACACCAAGCUGGAGGGAUCGCUUGUUUCAUCUGGGUGGUGGUGAUCUCAAUGCGGCUUCCUCUGUUGACUAACAAUCUUCUUAUAGAGUCGGGGAAUGCUUCUUAUUGUCGGAGCUUUAGCAACAAAGAGAUCUCGUUUGGUAUUAAGCUACACUAUGUGAUAUACAUUGUUGAGUUUUUCCUCCCUCUAUUGCUACUGCUCUUCUGCUCCAUUCGAAUUUCCUGCAUAUUAAAACAACGGCAGAUGGACAGAGAGAAGAAGGUGCGACAGGCAAUUCGCACUGUCCUAGUAAUUGUUGGGGUCUUCAUCUUCUGUUUCCUCCCUGGAGUUGCCACAGGACUGACUGCACUCUAUAUGAAAACACGGUUGAAGGAAUACUGUAAUGCUUACAAAUUAGUCAGUCAGCUGUUUGUCUUGUCCAUCGGGUUCACAUACAUGAACAGUGCCUUGGAUCCUGUCAUCUACUGCUUCUCCAGCUCCAUGUUCCGAAACACAGUAAAAAGGGCUAUCAAUCAAACUGGACUAGGGCAAUUACAGCUAAGCCGCCGUGCCAGCACAGUGAUUGGAAGUGAUUCCUAAGCAGGUGCCAUCAGAUUUGAACUGAUAUUGUAUUAUUUGUUAAUCAUGCCUUUCAUCAGCUAAGACUUCUGUUAAUGCAUCUGUACUGUGACCAUUCAAAUAUCUGGCAACUUUUACAAAAAAUAUUGCCAGGUAUUUAAAAGCUCACAGCAAUUUACCUUCCAUAAGAGUAGUGUAAUAGUCAGCUAUAUGGAAAUGUUUCAGGUUUUUUUAUGCUGAAUUUUAAUUCAAUUGUAUGAUGUAAACGGAAUAAUUGUAACAUGUCGGGUAAGAUAAAGUUGAAAUGUCUUGCA